AUGUCGUGCGAUAUCAACAAUCAAAACUUUCUCGCCGUCGCCCUCGUCAUCAACCGUUCCCGCGACGGUCCGGCCUUUGUUUUCCACUAUCCUCCCCAUGUGCAGCCCAUUGUCGCCUCGCCGGGACCCGCCGACGCUGCCGAGGCCGUCGACGGCGAGGACUUGCUCCUGGAACGCCUGUCUGUCAACUCCAGCCGGGACGCCGGCCUCGUCCAAACCCCCAACACCCAUCCUCAUCACGACGAGCACAUCACAACGGAGUCGGGAUCCAAGAUUUUCCCUUGGGAGCGCGUCGCCGGAUUUCCCGUUCGUGAUCUGGCCGGCAUCCUGACGCCGGCCCGGGCCUAUCACAAGAAGCUCUUCCGCCUGUCCCUGGACCCUCUCCUCUGUAUAUCUUAUCCCGUCCAUGUUCCCGACAAUGGCAAGUGGAAGAGGACCAAGAGGGUCGACAGGAUCGACAGGGUCGAGAGGUCGCAGAACUCGGCCUCGAAGCUGGCCGAUGACAGCAUUGCCCCUCACGAAACGGACCAGGCACCGCCAGCCGUCGUCGUCGCCAAGCCGGUCGAGUCCUCGGCCGCAAAGGACAAGGAGGUGAAGAGGGAGGACCCGGAAGAGGAGAAGCGUAGCUCCAUGACCAUGUUCAACCUCGUCUUCAUCCUCAACCCGAAGAAGCACGAGGCAAGGGAGCUCGUCGGCUUCGUCUACAGCAACAUUGUCAAAAAGGUCAACAAGGCGUACAAGUACAGCCAGCAGCACAGCGACUUUGUGUGGAAGGAGUCGAAACGCAUUCUCGCCGCCAAAGAAAAGGCUCGCGAAGACAGUAAGCGGCUCCUCCGCGACGGCCCCGACUUGCUGCUAAUGAUUCGGCGUGGCAGAGAAGAGCAUGAACGCGCUGUGGAAGGAGCUCCUCCAGACGUCGUCCCUGGCCGCCUCCUUGCACGAAAUCUACGAGGCCGUUUUGCAGAACAAGAUUGCCACGCUCCACCUUGA